AUGUUUUCAAGGACGUCGAAAAGAUUAAUAUCAAUAUCGUUGAAUAGUGAGGUCAAAUUACCGUUUGUUCCAUUAGUUAGUGAAACUGGCUUUCCCGGAGCUAUUGGUAAUACACCAUUAUUAAGAUUACCAAAUAUAUCAAAAUCAGUUGGUAGAAAUAUAUAUGCAAAAGCAGAAUUUAUGAAUCCCGGUGGUUCAAUUAAAGACAGAGCUGCAUUAUAUGUUAUAAAAGAUGCAGAAGAAAAAGGUUUGAUCAAACCUGGUGGUACAGUUGUUGAAGGAACUGCAGGAAAUACUGGGAUUGGAUUAGCUCAUGUUUGUAGAGCUAAAGGGUAUAAAUGUGUAAUAUAUAUGCCAAAUACUCAAUCAAAAUCCAAAAUAGAAACUUUGAAAUUAUUAGGUGCUGAAGUACAUCCAGUACCAGCAGUUGCAUUUACAGAUCCACAAAAUUAUAAUCAUCAAGCUAAAAGACAUGCGGAAAGUUUAGAUAAUGCUGUAUGGACAAAUCAAUUUGAUAAUAUUGCAAAUAGACAAGCACACAUAGAAACAACAGGUCCAGAAAUUUGGGCUCAAUUAAAUGGAGAAGUUGAUGCAUUUACCUGUUCAACGGGAACUGGUGGUACUUUUGCGGGUAUAACAAGAUAUUUAAAAGAUAUAAGUAGUGGUAAAGUUAAAAGUGUUUUAGCUGAUCCACCUGGUUCAGUAUUAUAUUCAUAUAUUAAAUCAAAUGGACAAGAAAUGCAAAGAGGUGGAUCAUCAUUUACUGAAGGUAUUGGUCAAGGUAGAGUAACUGAUAACUUAAAAAAUGAUAUUGAAUUAGUUGAUGAUGCAUUAAAAAUUCCAGAUGAAGACUCUAUAACUAUGGUAUAUAGAUUAUUGGAUGAAGAAGGAUUAUAUUUAGGAGGUACAGGUGCAUUAAAUGUUGUUGCAGCAGUUGAAGUGGCUAAAACUUUACCAGAAAAUAGUAAUGUUGUGACAAUAUUAGCUGAUUCAGCUCAUAAAUAUGCUGAUAGAAUUUUCUCAAAGUCAUGGUUAAAAGAAAAAGGAUUAUAUGAUGCUAUACCAGAUCAUUUAAAGAAAUACGCUGUUUUAGAUUAA